CGCAGAGACGUUAAGGUACCUCAAUGGAAUGGUCUGGCAGGUCUUGCGUUGGUCUGGUGAACCUGCAGUCGCCUCAUCGUGUGCUUCGUGCGCGUCCAACUCCAUCCCAUCUCUAUCCCACCACCAACACUAGACGAUACUCUACUUGCUACCGUAUCCCUUGCCAUUGACCACGCAAGACAUCAUCCUCUGCCACAUAUCGCCGACCUCUAUCCCUAUUCCUACGUCAAUCACUCCACCCAACCCUCUAUAUUCAUUACCUUCGCUUCGUCCGGCCACGAGUCUCGCGUCUUCACACCAAUCAGCCAUUGCCUACGCCACUCAUCCAUACAUGCGCCCAUCCUGACCGCUUGCCACACCGUCCUCAUCGUAACAUUACUCAUAUUGUUUCCUUGCGCAACCACAUGUCAGCCACACCCGUCGCAAUCUCGAGCCAUCUCAUGAAUUCCUCUUCCAAGCCAUAUCGUCCAUCCUUCUGGAGGAAUGCAAGCCCAGAGAAAUAAAGCAGAGCUUCAAUACCACAAGACAAAAGUACACCCUCGCUUCACCCUCAAUUUCCUGUCAUACUUACUUUUUCCAUCUAGCUUGCAAACUCAUAUUCUGAACUGCUCGAUCAGUUUUCCUCCAAUGACCUCAAGACCGUCGGCAAUUAUUCAAUAGGCAAACUUGUUGGCAAGGGCUCUUUUGGCAAGGUUUAUCUUGCCAAACACAAUCUCACCAAUGGCUCAAAGGUCGUUCUCAAGGCCUCCAGCAAGCAAGAUGCCAACCUUGCGAGAGAAAUCCACCAUCACCGCCAGUUCAUCCAUCCCCAUAUCGCCCGUUUAUACGAAGUUAUAGUCACAGAGUCGUCAGUAUGGCUAGCCCUCGAGUAUUGUCCCGGCGACGAGUUAUACAAUUACCUUUGCCGGAAAGGUGCGCUCCCUCUUGAGACCGCCCAGAAAAUCUUUGCCCAGUUGGUCGGAGCUGUUACAUAUAUUCACAGCAAAUCCUGCGUCCAUCGAGAUCUCAAAUUGGAAAACGUCUUGCUCGACAAACAUGAAAACGUCAAACUAUGCGACUUCGGAUUCACUAGGGAGUAUGAAGGGAAAGCAAGUUAUCUUCAGACCUUUUGCGGCACUGUCUGUUAUAGUGCUCCAGAAAUGCUGAAAGGCGAGAAGUAUGCCGGCGAAAAGGUUGAUGUCUGGAGCCUGGGCAUCAUCCUGUAUGCUCUCCUAAAAGGCGAACUCCCUUUCGAUGAGGACGACGACGCUGCCACCAAAGCAAAAAUCCUCAAGCAAGAUCCCAUUUAUCCUCCUGGCUUUCCCGAGUCCGCCAAACUCCUCAUCUCCAAACUACUCUCAAAGCGACCCUUGCACCGGCCCUCACUUGCUGAAAUCUUGGCCGACCCCUUCCUCGCCGAGUUCGCCCCACAACAACACGCAAUCUUGAAGCUCACUCAACCCGCUGCUUUCACCACCCAGUUGGAAAAGGACACUCUGGAACGUAUGAAGGCCGCUGGCGUCGAUAUUGAUCUUGUCAUCGAGAAUGUCUUGUCCCAACGCUGCGAUACCUUGGCCGGGUGGUGGGCGUUGCUCAUGGAAAAAGAGACGCGCAAACAGGCCAGAAGAGAACGGAAACGAAAAGAGAAGGAAGCCGAACUAAGAAUCAUAAGGCGCCUCAGCGGCGCCAGCAGUCGACUGGAGAGGAUAGCCCCGACCCUCGUAGAGGUUGAUGAGGAAGGCGUUCCUCCCAAUGAGACCCCUCAUCGAAGCGGGAGUCGUGGAAGGACAUCACGCCGGAGCACCCCCCAAAUUCUGGUGACUGAUUUGCCCCAGCUCCCCGAAGGUGAUGUUGUACAGUCCCCUAGCACCGCCACACCUCCACCGCCAAUCGACAAAGACUCAAUCCGUUCCGAGAGCGCCUCCAGGCCUCCAUUACCUUCCAAGGAGCGACAGCGUCGGAGCAGUACCUUGCAAAUAGUUGCAAAUAAUCCCGAGCUCCUUGCUCCUUUGAAUGGAAUCAACAAGAGACGUGGGGGCAAACUGCGCAAUCGUCAAUUUCUCAACCAAUUCACCGCGCUCAAGCACUGGUUGAUUGAGUCUACUAAGAGGGCAAGAUCUCCCGGCGGCACGAGACUGGACAAGUCUGUUAAUGGCAGCUCAACCAUCCUGACCCCAACCAAGUUGGCUCACCACGGACGUCCAGGCGGUGAGACUUCACUGUCCAACAGAUCUUCUGUGGGAUCUGCGCUCACCCCAAUCACCUCCAAUACCAAUCGUCGGCCUUCAGGCGUCGUCACGGGGGGUCACCGAAUCGACACAGCCCGGACCCAACGCAAUUCCAUUUCCCCAUCUCCUGUGACGCCUCGCUCCUCGUAUCGACGAAGCUCGGCUGGCCUUCGCGGUCGCAAAUCAACAUCUUCGUCUGUCUCUUCUGUUCGCAGUAUGCCUCGACACACUUCACACAGCAAAGCAUCUUCACGAAGUUCCAAUAGUAUCGACACAAUGAAUAGCCCUGGAACUAAGACUGUUGCACGGUCUCCACACUCUUCUAUCAAAGUGUUGCCAGCCACACCAACGACCAACAUCUUCUCAUCCAAUAUUCGCCAUGGGAGGAAUGCCAAGGGCGAUUUGACGAGCCAGCCCCGCCCGGUCUCUGGCACGUACGAUGAUAGCCUACGCCCACCGCUGACUCCACAAGCUAAUCCUUUUGGAUCUGGUGUCAUGUUUGCCCGACGCAAAAAGUCGCCAUUCAAGGGCCCUGGACUGAACGCUGCCUUCUUUUCGGGCUCAGGCGUUCCCGCAGCUAUCGGCAGUCCCGCCAUAGUCAAUAACAGGCACCGUGAGGGAUCAGACGGGUCAAUCAAUCGAGGAUUUCGGGGCAUGACCAACGGACUUCAUCGACCUGAUACGGGCAAGCGUAAAAGUCAAAUCAUAGAAGAGGAAGAGGAAGAUGAUUAUCCUGGCCACGGUGGAGGGGGGCUCGAGGGCCAUGACGAAGAGGAUGAGAUUGAGGAAGUUGAUGCCUUCCCUGCUGUAAAGUUGGGAAGGGGUGAGCGAGUACAGAGUAUCACGAUUUUGGAUGAAGACGAUGACGCCGUAGAUGAAGACGUGUUCAACAGCCGAACAACAACAUGAAUAGCCUAGAUUCAAGAACGGCUUUCUCUGGAUUUUCGACAAUCAGUCACGAAUCAUGGAUGACAUUGCGUGGAUACGACACCCACACGAUUGGGGUCGAUCAGAUGGAUUUGGAAUGAGUAAUAUAGGAGCGAUGAUUCGAGCGGCUUCUGCUCACGGCAAGAGGAGCUCGAGCUCGAUUUUUUCGACGUUCACUUGUAGGAUAAGAUGGUCCCAGAUAUGUACGAUUGGAAGAAUUUGAAGCAAAGCCAGGUCAGAUCCUUUACGCUUGCCCUACUUUGACUGCACUCAACUCGU